CACCCGCCUCCUAUUCAUUUCUUCCUCUCUUGCUUCUUACAGCUUUGCAUCAUUCACUGUUGGUUUAUGGGGUCUUCACUUUGUCACAUCCAUCUGCUCUCCUUUGAUCCAUGACGUGCGUCGGUGAACGCGAAACCCAUCAGAGCUCCACAUUCAUUAAGAGCUAACCUUCCCUAAUACCAGGGACCGCUCUCCCACCCAAAACCCUAUUCAUCACGUCACCUCUGUUCUCUCUCUAUCUCUCAUAAAUAAAACCAUAAACCCCCAACGAAAACAGUUCAAAAUCCGUUUGCUAGCUAGUUAGGGAUCUCCGAGGGGUCGUGUUUGUGGAGAAAUGGGCAACUGUCAGGCGGCGGAGGCGGCGACGGUGAUCAUUCAACACCCGGCCAACAACAAGGUCGAGAUGAUUUACUGGUCGGUGAGCGCUCACGAGAUCAUGAAGUCGAAUCCGGGGAACUACGUGGCGCUUGUGGUGACGUCGCCGACGUUGAAGGCCGAGAAUGGCGCACCGGUUAAGCAUCUCAAGCUUCUCAGGCCGGACGACACUUUGCUUAUCGGACAGGUUUACAGGCUCAUCAGUUUCGAAGAUGUGUUGAAGGAGUUUGCUGCUAAGAAGUCUGUGAAGCUAGGGAGGUUGCUGAGGGAUAGAGGUGGACUUGGCCUGGAACUGAAGAAGAACUCAGACGGUCCAAAUCCGAAGUCCGACGACCGCAAUUCUACCACUACCAAGAUGGAGCAUGAGGCUCACCGUGUCGGAAGCAGCAGCAGCAGUGGUGGUGGUGGCAGCAGAGGUGUGGCGAGGAAUCAUGGUGGUGGGGGGCAGUGGAGGCCAGCUUUGCAGAGCAUUGCAGAGCUUGGGACUUGAACAUAAUGUGUAUGGUGCACUAGAACUCGAUCAGGCUCACCAUUCCCACCACUCACCCAGAAGCUCAAAGUAUCAGAGAUCCCUAGCUUUCUGCCAUUCUCUCGCGAAUAAAAACAAGCAGCUAGCGCCUCCCUUCACUCUUCUCCAGACGUUUCUUAUUCUCUUUUCUUUCUUUCUUGGAUUGGUGCAUGUUAUUAGUUAGACCUCCACAGCCACGGUUGUAGAGUUAGGGUAACUCACUGAACUUGACACGCUUGUAUACUUCUAACCUUCUUUCUUUUAUUAAUCAAGAUCAGCUA